UGGCCAAAUUGGAAAAAUCAGCAGACAAACUGUUUGGGGAUAAACUGUCAGACAACAUCAAGGCCGUUGACAACACGAAGAUUGUCGUGGCACAGACACAAACAUCCAACAUGCGGCCGACAGUAGGUCAAAACUUCCGGCAAAAGGGAAAAAAGGGUUUUUUAGGCCAGAGGAACCGGUGGGAACACAACAAUCCCACCGGCUACUACCCCCAGAGCCAGAAGAAGCCGAUGAGGAAGUAUUUUCCAGGCAAAAACAACAACAAAGCACAGAUACGGAAGAACUAAAAACAGGAGAAAAUCCUGUUGCCUCGGGUGCUGCAGAAAAUAGCUCAAGACGCCGCCGAAGCGGUGCUCGUGUGUCCAAUAUGGCCGACUCAACCAUGGUGGCCAAGCCUGGUGCCAAUGAUAUGUGCAGAGUGUUACCUACUUCCACAGUCGCAGGAAAUUCUAAUUUUAACACACAAACCCGAGCAAGUACAUCCACUUCAAAAAAUGAGACUCGCAGUUUUCAGAUUAUCAGGAAGGUCCUCAAAAGCCAUGGAAUUUCAAAGUCAACAAGAGACAUUAUUCUUCAGUCUUGGCGAAGCAGUACCAAAAAACAAUAUGACAUUUAUCUUAGAAAAUGGUUUACUUACUGCAAAAAAUCAACUAAUCCCAUUAAACCCCAUAUAAAUGAAGUUUUACAAUUUCUUACCCAGCUAUACACGAACGGACUAAACUAUAGUGCACUAAACACUGCACGUAGUGCUUUAAGUAUUUUUCUCAACAUGUGUAGUAAUAUAAAUAUUCAUGAAAAUGAACUUAUAUCACGAUUCAUGAAGGGUUGUUUCAACAGUCGUCCGUCAUUGCCACGUUAUUGUCAUAUGUGGGAUGUUAAAGUUGUUUUGGACUAUCUUCAUACAUUAAAGAUCUCCACAUUGUUAGAUCUAUCUAGAAAACUGUGUAUACUGCUUUUGUUGGUUACUGGCCAACGCUGCCAGACAAUACAUUCAAUACAACUGAAUGACAUUUCAUUUGACAAAAAUACGACAAUGGUUACUAUACAACCAAAUACAUUGUUAAAACAAUCUCGACCGGGAAAACAUUUAAAGCCUAUGUAUUUAAAAGCUUAUGAGGGUAAAAUGAAUGUUUGUGUUGUUAAAACGUUAGUUGAAUAUUUGGACCGUACUAAAGAAAUUCGAAACAGUCAGUUUUUAUUCAUAACAACUACUAGUCCGUACAAGACCGCCUCAAAAUCUACCAUUAGUCGUUGGAUUAAAGACAUUAUGAGAGCGGCUGGUGUUGAUGAAGUAUUCAAACCACACAGUACUAGAUCAGCCGCCACUUCUAAGGCGAGUCUGGUAGGACUGUCCUUACAGCAUAUUUUAGACACUGCUGGGUGGUCAAAUGCAAAAACGUUUGCAACAUUCUAUCAAAAAACUAUUGUAGAACCAUCUUCUAUGCAAUUUCAAUCAGCCGUGUUGGAUACAUGAAAUAAAUGCUGUGUAUUUUAAAAAA